AUGUCAAUCAAUGCCAAAGAUGAAGAUGGGAGAACAGAACUUCAUCGGGCGAAAGGAGAUGUCCAGCAUUUACUAGCCCGAGGUGCUGAUCCGAAUAUUCAAGAUGACGGAGGAUGGACUCCAUUAAUAUCAGCAGCAAGCAGCGGAGAUUUUGAAAAAUUCAGAUGCUUGAUCUCCCACCCGUCUAUAGACGUAAAUAUGCUAACUGAGUCGGGCACAUCUGCACUUCAUUAUGCAGCAAGUAAAGGCCAUAAUGAAAUUUUGACGCUUUUGUUACAAAGAGAUGACAUUAAAAUGGAUGUCCAGGAUACUAAUUCAAGAUUUACGCCUCUUAUGAGAGCUAUAGAGAUCUAGUUUGAAUAUUUUGAUUUUUUAAUAUUUUUAGAUUACCAUUUAGGUAUGUAUAUUAGUAUAUUAUAAGCAAAAAAAAUUUAUGUGCCCAGAAACUUAUUCAAGCUGGGGCAAAAUUAAAUUUGAGAGACGUUGAAGGAGACACUGCUUUGCAUCAUGCAGCCAUGACUGAUAAUAUUCCGAUUGCUUUGAUGCUGAUUGAAAAUGGGGCUAAAACUGAUAUAGAGAAUAAGCAACAUCAGACAGCUUUGCAGGUAGCUUCACCUAUGAUGGCUCAAAGAAUUGAAGAAGAGGCUUAG